AUGACAGAAGAAGACGCCUCAGAGGGCGGAGACUCUCUUCCUAUUGUUGCUGAGGGCCCCCCCCAACGCACUUGUACAUUUCUUUGCAAGAGCGAAGAAGAAAAAGAAAAAGAAGAAAAAGAUUGCAGCAGCAGCGACAGCAGCAGCAGCAACAUCAGUAACACCAGCAGCAGCAGCAGCAGCAACGGCUUCAAUGAAAGCAGCAGCAGCGGCAGAAGCAACAGCAGUAUCAACAACAGCAGAAUAAGCAGCAACAGCAGUAACAGCAGCAGCAGCAGCAGCAGCAACGGCAGCAGCAACAACAGCAGCAGCAGCAGCAGGAAUAAUGGCAUAACCUUUAGCAGCGAAUUUUCGUGGAAGUCCGCCGAAUAUUUUCUUCGUGCAAUUGAAGGGGGGGCUGAGGUGUACGUACAGCCAGAAGCUCGUAUCUAUAGACAAAAACAAACAGAAGAGCAGCAGCAGCAGCAGCAGCAGAAGCAGCAGCAGAAGCAGAAGAAGCAGCAGCAGCAAAAAAAGCUCAAGCUAACAAAUGCUGCAGCAGCAAAUGCAGCAACAGGAGUAGCAACAGAAGCAGCAGAAGAGGAAAUAGAAGAAGAAGAACAACAGGAAGAGGGUAGUGCAUUCUUUGAAGAAACAGCAGCAGCAGCAGACGCAGCAGCAGACGCAGUAGCAGCAGCAGGAGCAGCAGACGCAGGAGCAGACGCAGCAGCAGCAGCAGCAGCAGCAGGAGCAGCAGCAGGAGUUUCUUUAAGAAAUAUAAAUAAAUUAUUUAUGCAAGUCAACUGGAUGUGCUGCCACCCCGAACAAAUUCUGCAGAACGGCGAUCUCAUUAUACACAACAGCCUCGUCUUAGAGUUAGCGGCGCCCUCAAGUGCAGUAUUAAUAUUAAACGAAACAAAAAACUUUGUUGCUGUCUUUAAACCUGCAGGCAUACCGGUCUUUACAGGCGUCAAUCUCUGCUCUGUCGUUUGA